AGCUAUGCAGGCCUGUUACAUGGGACAAAGGGGCUAUACAGUGGAUCUCUUUGAGUCUCGAGAAGACAUCCGUGAGGCAGAGCAUGUUGCUGGCCGUAGUAUCAACCUUGCACUUUCCGUGAGAGGGCGCUCUGCUUUACGACACAUAGGAUUAGAAGAGGAGGUGGUCAAAUCUGGAAUACCCAUGCAUGCACGUCUUAUUCAUGAUGUUGAUGGAAAGAAGAGCACUCAGCCAUAUGGAAAAAAAGGAGAGGCUAUUCUCUCGGUCGACAGGAGAAAGCUCAAUGAACUUCUACUAUCAGCUGCUGAGAAGGUUGAUUCUGUCACCCUGCAUUUCUAUCACAAGUUAACUCACCUGGAUUUAGACAAUGGAACCCUUUUCUUCACAGAUAAGAAUGAUAAGAAGGUGGAGGCACAUGCAGAUCUAAUCUUUGGUUGUGAUGGGGCUUAUUCCUGUGUGAGACGGCAGCUGAUGAGAAAGACGUUGGUAGAUUACAGUCAAGAAUACAUUCCUCAUGGCUACAUGGAACUCUGUGUACCACCCAAAACAGGAACUAAUGGAGAGCAUAAUAUGGAACUCAACUACCUUCACAUAUGGCCCAGGAAUAGAUUCAUGAUGAUUGCCUUGCCUAAUCUGGACGGCUCCUUCACAUUGACUCUCUUCAUGCCUUUCGAUGAGUUUGAGGGCAUCAAGAAACAAGGAGAAGAAGGUGUAAUGGCAUUCUUCAAAAAGUACUACCCCGACGCCAUCGAGAAGAUAGGUGUGCAGAACCUGAAAGAUACGUUCAACAGCAGCACAUCGCUUCCAUUGGUUUCUGUUAAGUGUUCCCCUUACCACUAUCAAGAUAAAGCUGUUAUAAUGGGAGAUGCUGCACAUGCUAUGGUACCCUUCUACGGACAAGGAAUGAAUUGUGGUUUUGAAGAUUGCUUAGUAUUCAAUGAAAUCAUGGAUCAACAUAAUGGUGACUUUGCAAAAGUUCUUCCCCAUUUCUCAACGUUCCGUAGCCCAGAUGCACAGGCAAUGUGUGACCUUGCGAUGUAUAACUAUGUUGAGAUGAGGGCGUUGGUGAACUCCCGCUGGUUCCUCUUCCGCAAGAAAGUCGACAGAUUACUGAACUGGCUUCUUCCUUCCAAGUACAUUCCUCUUUAUUCCAUGGUCACCUUCAGCCGUAUCCGAUACCAUGUCGUCAUCAACAAGUGGAAGAAGCAGGAUAAGGUCGUAAACAAUGGGUUGAUCUUACUGGGUUUUUCAGCACUGGGCAUGCUUGUAUGGCUUGUCUCUAGAGGGCAGCAGAUAAAGUACACCAGAUUAACAGAAAUGCUCACCCAAAGGAUACAUGAUUUCUUCUAAUGUAAAUCGAAGUGUAUAAUUAAUUUCUAUGGCCCGUAUUCUGGACUCAGGUUUGAUUUAAAUUCUGGUCUGAAGUUGUGGUUUUAACUAUGGAUAGCCACUUGUGACGUAAAUCUCUAACAGUAGAGGCUCAAAGUAUCAGCUCAUUUGACUUUCAAAUCAUUCUUAACUGUCUGGGAAGAUUAAAUAAGAUAGUUGUCUUCACCAUUAAAGAAUUACGAAAGAGCCCAGUAAGGAUAAGAAACAUACCAUGUGAACAAAUUUUGACAUGUUUGGCUUUCCAUAAUGUUAGCACAGAGUUAGACCGCUGUCAAAGUUAAACCCAAGUUCAGAAUAAAGGCCUGUGUAAACAGUGCUAUAUCCAGUGCCCUUUACCUUGUCUUAUCUCUGAGGCCCUGUAACAUGAAGCUUAAUGAUUGAUCGUGAGGCCGAUUUCUAAGAUUGAUUUAAUUGACUAUUGUGCAUGAUCAAUUGUAAAAAUCUUCCCCAUGAUCGAUUACUAAGCUUUAUGUUACAGGGUUCUGGACUAUUGCUCUUCUGUGAUUAAAGCCUUGAAUACCUCCAUUUAAUCCAAAUGCAAGCUUUGACAAACCAUAGGAUGAUAAUUAAAAAAAAGUUUUUUCCGUGUUGCGGCCAAUCAAAAUGAUCAGCCGAGUUUGGAAAGUGUUUUUGUCAGAAUACAGGCCUAUGUAAACAGAUUGCAUUAACAUCCGUUUCAAAACAACUUUUCAAUAAUUUACAUCGUAAUUGUUUAAUAACAACUGUUUGGUAUUGAUUCUCAAAUUUAUAUCAUUGAAAAUGGAUAUGUUAAAUAUGUUUACUACCUCAUGUAGGAUUAUGACAUCAUUGACAUUUGUAUUCAUUCAUUGCAGCCAUGCCUUACUUUGGCACAAAUCAAAAUUUACAUCACUGCAAAGAAUACCUACUGAUCAUCCAAACGUUAACACAUACCCCAUAAAUAUUUGUAUCAAAUUAGGCGGGAGAAAAUACUCUUUCCAGGCAUAUAUAAUGAUUAUGCAUUCAUGACAUAUUUUUUCAUUAAAAUGGGGAUUUGGGAGGUGUCAAUUUUUUUUUACUCACACGGUAUAUACAGAUUUGACUUAAAUGUAUAUUUUUCAUAUUCUGGUCUAAAAUGUGGCAAUGAGUUUGAGGAUUAUAAGGUCAAGUUAUUCAGAGUCUAUUUUCCUUUUGAUUUGCAUUAUAUCUUUAAAUCACCUGUAUAUGAUAAUGUGAUACACUAACUGCCUAUGAAGUGCUAUUAUACAGUGCAAAUUAAAAAAAGUAUAUUUUUGUAAAAAAUUUAUCUACUGUAUAUACUGGUGUUUUUCUCUGAAUAUUCCCUGAUUACUUGAUAGCGCUGAUUUGUUCUGCUUGAGAUACAGAGCUUGUUUGCCUUGCCUAGCAGUAUUACAUGUAUUUAGGAAAUGUUAGUCAUUUUCAAAUGAAUAUUUUCCUGUCCAUAAUUACACGUAGUUGAUUUGUUUUUAAUGCACUGUAGUAGAUUUAUCAAUCAUGCCUCCCUUGUCAAUUAAUUGAUUGAAUGAAAUGUAAGAAGAUAGACGGAAAGAAGAAGACAAACAUUUGACCACUUUAUAGGAGUUCAUAUAUGUAAUAAUAAUAAUAAUAGGCAUUUAUAUAGCGCCAUCUAUCUAGAAAUAUUCUAUUCCGAGGCGCGUUACUAUUAUUAUUAUUACCCCGGCUUUAGCUCGAGCUGCCUUUCAGCGCUCAUGCAUUCGAGGAAUUAAUCCUGCCGGGUACCCAUUCACCUCACCUGGGUCAAGUGCAGCACAACGUGGAUAAAUUUCUUGCUGAAGGAAAUUACGCCAUGGCUGGGAUUCGAACUCACGACCCUCUGUUUCAAAGUCAGAAGACUUAUCCACUGGGCCACAACGCUCCACGGUAUGUAGCUCCUGUGCAAUUCGAAUUACUACAUGUAUGUCACAGAAUCGUGAUAUCCUUAUGGAAUAUGUGCGCAUAGGAAUUGCAUGUGCUGGUUAAGGUAAUGGCCUCCUGUGUGCUUUGAAUAAUAGCUGUAUAAUAAAAUAGUAAAUAAGUGUUUUUUAUAAUCACUAUAAUCACUGAUUUCUCCAGUUAGAUCAUGUCAUGAUGUGAUUUUAUUUUGAUUUUUGUUUGCACUAAGAUGAUGCAACUAUUUUUUUCCCUCAUUUUGGACUUGUUUCUUGAGAAACACAUUGUUUGCUGCAGAGAAAUAUAUUGUUUGCUACAUAC